GUUGCACAAGAUACAAUUGUUCGAACAAAUCUCUGUAUAAUCAUCCUACAGCGACUCCGAUUCUUUCUUCGGCAAGAAUUUGUUGUUUUGCACGGAUCUUAGCUUAGACCCACCGCGUGUUUUACCUUGCGGCCUUCUAGUUCGCCUGUCUUACUUUCCCUUUCCCCCUCAGCACAACAAAAAUCCCCUUCUUUCGAAUUUCGACAUUUCACAACACCAGUAACUCAUUGAGUUUUCAAUAUUUCAAUUGCCGGAAAGCAGUUUUCGAAUAUUCUAAAAGAAGAAGAAAAAUUAAUCUCACAAUGACCACCGAUCUCUACUCUGUCCCCGCCUCCAACGGCAUCGAAUCAACAAAUCUACUCCACAUCAAGGAAGAUGUCGAUGCCACAGCAACCAACAGCAACGGCACUCACAAAACCACCAACGGCACCAUAAUCCACAAACCACAGCUAGAGAAUGGGACAAAGUCAGCGGAAGAAGAAGAAGAGCCCCUCUUCUCCCCAUCUCUCAUAUCCGCAGAAAUCCAAUCCGUCUUACCGGAAGGCUACUCUGCUCGACCCCUACGCCGCUCCGAUUUCCAUUUGGGCUACCUCGAUGUCCUGCGCGUACUGACGACGGUGGGCGAUAUUUCAGAGGCAAUGUGGAAUGAGCGAUAUAAUUACCUAUACAAGCGUAAUGACGAGUAUUAUAUGAUUGUCAUUUGUGACGGAACGGGCAAGAUUGUCGGAACGGGUAGUCUGAUUGUUGAGCGGAAAUUCAUUCAUACCCUAGGACUCGUGGGUCAUAUUGAGGAUAUUGCGGUUGCGCAGGAUCAACAGGGGAAGAAAUUGGGGUUGAGGAUUAUUCAGACUUUGGAUUAUGUUGCGGAGAAGGUCGGAUGUUACAAGACAAUUCUUGACUGCUCCGAAAUCAAUGAGGGCUUUUAUAUCAAGUGUGGCUUCAAACGUGCUGGUCUCGAAAUGGCGCACUACUACUAAUUGUAGCCAGCGGCGGCUUUGCUUGUAACUGUGUUACUUGUUGCAUUUUCUUUCCUUGCACAUUGCUAUUAUAUUUUCAUAAAAAGGCCUGGUGGUACCAAUACCCAUAGGCGUGUAUUUUAAUCAUGUUUUCAUUACUGUCUGGGAAAUGGAGGGGUUUUACAUUUGAGGGAAUCAGGGAUACAGUGUAGUCUAUUGGGGAUAACAGGCUACAUAGAAUAGUUAUUGUACUAAUACAGUUUCUUAUAUUCUUUCUGGU